AGGCAAUGGGAUUUGGGCACAAAAGUUCUGGGUUUUCAACCUGAUGGCCGUUGGUAGAUACCACUGUGGAUAUAGGAAGGAAGCUGUGGUCCUCAUCUAGGGUGGCUAUGAAACUCAGCCCAAAAGGAACUAGGCCUGCAGAAAUAAGUCUGUGCAGCUGUAGGCCAAGCCCUGUGCUGCAGCCGCUAGGGUUCCAUCUGUGUGGACAGUUGAGUCCGUGCCCAAAACCAGGCAGAUGGAGAGGGGUCCAUGGGCUUUGUACCCCAAGCAGGGAAUGCAGUAGAGGGAGGUAAAACUGAGCCUGGUGGGUGGGUUAGUGGGGCCCCAGGAUCAGCUAGGCGGUUGGUGUGGCCCAUGUUGUUGAAAACACUGGGAACUGAAAGAGAGCUGGCAUAUUGGGAGAAGGAAGGGACAGAAGAACUCCUGAGGGCAGUAUUUACUCUGGCGAGAACCUUAGAGGGUAUAAGCAGGAAAUACAGUGUAUGGUUUGCACCUUCUGUUGAAGGACUGCUAGAAAUAAGGCUAUCAAUAAGUGGGCUGUCCUAGCACAGUGAGGUCCUUAGGGAUCAGAUAGGGGCAGGCUAGGUGCUUGAGUUCUGCCCCAGCUGUCAACACUCACCAUCACCCUCAGCCUCCCUCCAGUGUGGGGCAGGACACCUGGAUCCAUCUGCCCUGUUUGCUACGUGAGUCCUCAGGUGUAGGGGAUGAGUCUUUUCCAGGCCACCUGUACCAUGAGGUUAGUGUGCACCCCAACACUGUCCAGUUCCAGGAUGCAUGGCCCCCUUUGCAUCUGAUGGUACUUCCCUGUUCCAACCCUGUCCUCAUGGCACUACCAAGCAUGGCUGUUAUCCAAGGGGGACAGCCAGUAUAGUCUGAAAAGAUGCCACUGCCAGGAGACUGUGGCCUUAGGUUCCAGCCUGGCCCUGAGCCAUCUGCAACCUAAUAGGAGGUGACCUUGGUUCCCAGCCUGACUCAGCUGAGCCUGGAUCCUAUAUGUAGGCAAGAGGUCACUCUGAGCCCUGACUCAACGAAAUUGACCCCUACCCUAGACCCUGCACACUGGAUGGAGCUGAUCCUAAGUACCAGUCUGGCUAAGCUGACUCUGGAUCUUGUAUACCAGUGAGAGGUGGCCCUGAGAUUCAACUUGAUCACGCUAACCCUGGAUCCCACACACCAGCCAGAGCUGAUCCUGAGCCCCAGGCUAGCUGAACUGACCCUGGAUUCCAUAUGCCAUCCAGAGAUGACCUUCAGUUCUGGCCCAGCUGAGCUUACCCUGGAUCCCAAACACCAGCCAGAGGAGACCCCAGCUCCCAGCCUAACUGAGUUGACCUUGGAGCCUGUGCACUGCCGACCUGAGCUUAUGGAUGCUUGUGCUGACCUCAUCAAUGACCAGUGGCCCCGCAGCCGUGCCUCUCGCCUGCACUCCCUGGGCCAGUCCUCAGAUGCCUUCCCCCUAUGCCUAUUGCUGCUGAGCCCCCACCCCACAGCGGAAGCAUCCCCCAUUGUGGUGGGCCAUGCUCGCCUGUCACGGGUGCUAGACCGUCCCCAGAGCCUCUUAGUAGAGACAGUGGUGGUAGCCCGGGCCCUUAGGGGCCGUGGUUUUGGCCGCCGCCUCAUGGAGGGCCUGGAGGACUUUGCUCGGGUCCGGGGCUUUCGCCGGCUACACCUCACCACUCAUGAUCAGCUGUACUUCUAUGCCCACCUGGGCUACCAUCUGGGGGAGCCUGUGCAGGGCCUGGUCUUCAGCAGCCAACAGCUACCCACCAGCCUGCUCCGUGCUUUUCCUAGGGCUCCCACCCCCCACCCACCCUGCAUGGUUCCUAGCUUGACUGCCCAAGCUGCUGGCCCAAGUAGCCCCAAGGGGCCCCCAUUGCCACCACCCCUGCCCCAGCCCCUGACCACCUUACCCCCACGUUCAGCAGGGCCAUUUCCACAAAACCUGCUGGAGACACAAUACCAAGACCUGCGGGGAUGCCCCAUAUUCUGGAUGGAAAAAGACAUCUGAGGGCCACCUCAGACAAGGCACUGUCCUGUAUCAUUGAACUGCCCAGGACAGUGCCAGUCUCAGCCCACUGACUAUACCUCAGUCCCUGGCCCCUGGUGCACCUUUAGUCUGGGCAUGUUUUCUGGCUACCAGUGGAGCCAGGAGAUGAUCCUGUAGUUAAUGCUCAGAGCCAUCAGUAUGGCUGAAUAAAACCUUCUGUUGGGUGUGGC